UGUAAGCUCUUCCACCUUUGAGACUGCAAGCGGCGCGCCACAGCAUCGCUUGGCUUCUUAGCUCGAUGUGGCGCAAAGGAGAUAGGAGGAAGCACGUUUGAGGGCAUUUCGGGACACUUGCUGAAGAACAUCCUACGCAGUGAGGAGCGCGCAAUGGCAUCAAAAGAGACCACAGCGUCAGCCUUUGCUAGUGUCAGCAGGGAAAUCACAGAAAGCAUCAGGAAAGUGUUGGACAAACAGGCUAUUAAAUUUGUGAGGGCUAUCAAAAUGGACACCAGGAGCGGUAAAUCGGAAGACAGGAUUCUGGUCCUGGCAACAUGGAGACUGUAUCUCUUUGCUGUCAAAGUGCCUACAAAGGUGGAGGUCACGUUCAACUUUUUAGAAAUUCGUGCGAUGAACACUUAUCAAGAACAUCAGGUUAUAAUUGACACUGACAAGACCACUUAUUCGCUGAGACUGGAGACGCAGGACCAGUUGGAUGACAUGGUUGGUCACAUCAACUACGCUCUCUCCCGAAUCUUCAACAACUCCAUUUAUGCUCCACCCAUUUGUCGAGCAGAAGGAGACAUCACUGAUGGAAUUCACACAUAUUCACCAAUUUCAGAGUCGUCAUUAGACCCCCAGAAAACCUGUGGAGGUUUUUCAGAGACAUAUGCAGCACUGUGUGACUAUAAUGGAAUUGGUUGCAAAGAAGAAGUGCAAUGGGAUGUUGACACCAUCUACCACUCGCAGGAUAACCGAGAGUUAAACCUACUGGAUUUCAGCCAUCUUGACAGCAGGGACCUGGCUGUUAUUGUGGCAUCAAUUGCAUACAAUACUUGGUUCACCAAGCUUUACUGCAAAGACAUGCGUAUUGGGUCAGAAGUGGUAGACCAAGUCCUUCAUACUGUCAGCAAGUCCAACAGCUUGGAAGAACUCACUCUGGAAAAUGCUGGACUAAAAUCGGAUUUCCCUCAAAAAAUGGCAUCAGCCCUGUCAGAGAAUCCAGCCUCCGCAAUUCACUCUCUCAACCUGGCUCACAACACACUUGACAACCAAGGUGUUUCCAAUCUGAUUCAACAAGUGUGUCGUCUAAACAAGGGCCUGAGCCUCCUGAAUCUCUCAAAGACCUCACUUUCUUCUAAAGGUGUCGUAUCUCUAUCCCAGGCAUUGUGUUCUAGUGAUGAUUACUCCAGUUCUUUGCUGCACCUGGACCUUAGUAAAAAUCCAGGGGUUCUGUCUGGAGAGGAUGCUACGAAUCUGUACCUCUUCCUUGCCCAGCCCAACUGUCUAGUCCAUUUGGAUUUGUCUGGAACUGACUGCACAGUGGACUCGUUGUUUGGAGCCUUGCUAAGAGGCUGCUGCGCGGACCUCUCCUACUUGAACCUUUCUAAGAAUUGCUUCUCUAACAGGAAAGUGCGAGAUUCUCUGCCAACUUUCCGGCAGUUCUUCAGCUCAGCCUUUAGCCUCACUCAUGUGAGCCUGGCCUCGAUGAAGGUUCCUCCUGAUUGGCUUAGAGCUCUGUUCCUUGGUUUGUCUAAUAAUCCCCAUAUUACAGAUUUGCAGCUGGACAUCAGUGCCUGUGAGUUAAGGACUGCAGGUGCAGGGGUUAUUCAGGAGCUUUUUCCAAGAGUGUGCUGUGUUGGGACUUUAGAUAUCUCUGAUAAUGGCUUGGACUCUGAUUUAUUGGCUGUCAUCCCAGCAUUCUCAAAACACCCUUCCCUCAAACACCUGAUGCUGGGGAAGAAUUUUAACAUUAAGGGCAGGGUGCUGGACGAAAUUCUUCAGAAACUGGUUCAUUUGGUGCAAGAGGAAGAGUGUGGCCUACAAUCCCUCUCUUUGGCUGACUCGAGACUCCGCCAGAAAGGAACCAUGUUUGUCAAUGCCCUGGGCUCUAACACAUGCCUUCGGAAGGUGGACCUGAGUGGCAAUGGCUUGGAUGAUUCUGGAGCAAAGAUGCUCAGCAAAGCCCUGCAAAUUAAUACAACGCUCAGAAGUGUUACAUGGGAUCGCAACAACACCACGGUGACAGGCUUCCAAGAUGUGUCAAAAGCACUGGAGCACAAUUUUACACUGCAGUAUAUGCCUCUCCCCCUAAAUGAUGCGACACAGGCAUAUCGCAGUGCUCCAGAAAAGACCGACCAAGCUCUGACCAGAAUCCAGCGUGCCCUGCUCAGAAACAACCAGACACAGCGUUUUUCUCAAAAGCAAGCUCUUAGACUUCAUCAGGGCCUCGUCACGAGUACAGCCGAACAGGUUAUGGAUCGUUUGUGCGUGCGGGUGCAACAGCAGGUUGGUGUGCUAAAAGGCUGUGAGGAAGCAGAGGAGGUCCAAACUGCCAGGCAGAUCCUGAAGGAAGCCCGAAACUCCAGAGCUCUUUAUCCUUCCCUAUGUGAACUGGCUCAUGUGUUGUCCAUGGAUGGCCCAGUUAGACAACGACUGGAUACCCUGGCGGGGGAGCUAGCACGGGCUGCCGACAAAGAGCUGCAGGUGGUUGUCGACUCAAUGGUGUCUCUGUGCCGGGAGUUGUGUCCCAUGUCCUGCUCAGCUUCUGAAAGACUCAGCCCACCUCUAUCGUGCAUAUCAGAGCAGGUUUCGAUCCCUCGCUCAGCCAUUCGCAACGCCCUCAUGGAAAGAGCAUCCGAGGAUAUUAACAGAGCCCUAGAGGAGGUGAAGUUGUCCGUAGUGUCAUAUUUAACCAACUCUAUUGUGGAUCAGAUCCUACAAGAACUCUACACAACCCAUAAAACACUGGUACUGCUGCGGCAGGUGACUCAUGCUAAGCGCUGGGAUGAUAUGGGUACAGGAAGACACACAAUCAGACAGUCCAGAAUCAUGGAGUCUCUGGAUUUCCCUGACGAAGACAUGGGCGUCAACCUGGGAAUAGACACAAUGGCUAUAAAGAAGCGGAGCUCCAGAACUAGAAGAAUACGUCCCGUCUCCACCAGACCAAGUCUCGGAGACGAGCCUAGUUCCUCUCCCACCCCUUCUGCUCCUCCACCCUCAGCCCAUCUUUCCCACUCGGCAUCAUGGGAGUGCCUAUCCACUCUUCCCACCAAUGGCUCCCCCUUGCAACAUGUGACCCAUGUGCGGCCUCGUCCUCCACGGAGACACAGAGCAGUUCACCUUCCCCCAGAAUCUCAUUACUUUGAGAAUGGUGGAGUCAAUACACUCGAGGAUGGAUUGCCAGAUUUCUACAAUAAGAGAGUUCUCCCUGACAGCCAGUUGUCAUCCAUUGAUCAGGCCCAGUCACUGAGAAGGAAAAAGAGACGCAGCGUGUUGUCCAUUUUCUCUGGUUUCCGUAAGAGCCGCAACUCUACCAUAUCAAACCAGGAUUUAGAUGGCACUUCAGAGAAUGUCUACUCGAUGAUUCAGCACCCAAAGGAUGCUGGAAGCACAGAUAAUUUUAUGCAUGGAGGAAACGGGACCAUACCAUCGCCUCGCGUCGGACAAGGUGUUGCUGUCCAAGGUUUGAGGCCCACCAGUCCGUCCUGCCUUAUUCAGCGACAGUCCACAGACCUGGUCAGUAUGGUGUACAGCUGCAUUGGUGCAGACAUUGAGGAAUCGGAUGCCAGCAGCACAGACACCAAGGCAAUUGAUGAAGAUGCUAACAGGUCAUCUGGCAUCUCAGACAAUCACAUUAACGACCAUGAUGCGUGCUCUAAGAAGCAGAUGGACAGGUUGGUGGAGACGGGUAGGCAAGAGAGGAUCGUACCUCUGACUGGCCUGCAGACAGACUUGGAUGGUGAUGUUCAAUGUAGCAACAAAAGUAUGAAGCCUGAGCCACCACCGCAAAACACCAAGCCCAGUCUUUCUGCCAUGAGGCAGAGACACCUGCAGGAGAGUUUAGCGGAGGCUGGGAGGUUGGAAGCAGAAGAAGAGCAGAAUGAAAGAAAGCGUGAAGACAAAGACAGGACGCGAGGACCAGAGGGGCAGCGCCCUCUCAUUCCUGUCAAGCCUAAUCUUGACCUCACAAGAGACAAAACCUCUCUGGAACCCCCCAAAAUAUCUCCUAAAAUCUCACCGAUCAGUCAAGAAGGAACGGAUGCCCAGAGGUGUGCACCUCUUGCGGAGUCUGUCAGUCAUGAAGAAGUCACCAGUAAAGAGUGGAGAAGCCCGCCAGCAAUUGCCAAGUCUGAGAUAGAUUCAGCUCUAGACAGUGUUCUUAGUGAAGGAAAGGGAUUUCCAGCACCGUCACAUGGGACAAGAAAGUCCAACUCAUUUGACACAGGCAUGGAGCGGGGCAAUCACAAUCUGGAGAGGUUUUCAGAUACCAGACUCUCCGUGAAAAAAUCUUAUUUCCCCCGAUACAGAAACAGAUCUGUGGACUACCCUGCAGGGACCAGCUGUUGUGAAAGUCCCCACCUUGGCAACAAAGAUGCUUUGUGAUGUCACAUCUGAAUCUAAGGAUGAUUGCAUGGAAAUCAAGACAUGAAAACCGAAGGAGUGAGACAAGCUUUUAAAUUACACUCAGCAGUUUUCUAAUUAAAGCAAUGAUUUGUUGCUUAGGAUGCAUGUACUGUAUAUUUUUAGUUUAAAAGUGUUGCACUUAAAAUUUUAAAAGCAGUUAACGAUGCAUCUGUUUUUUAAAUGCACUGAAUCUAGAUUAUUUCAGAGUAUCCUGUCUUCUUGUUCCCCGACUCUUUCGCUGACAAUCUGCUCCAAAAGGUUUUUACUGUAUUUAUUUAAAUGGAUGUAUACAAUUUUACUAUGAAUCUGCACUAAAUCUACUGGUGAACAAUCAUGAUGACAUAUCAUUUGUUACUUGUGAUGAGAAUGUGGUGACGUAUGCAGGUGAUUGAGAAAUGUGUUUAAUGGACUUAAAAUCCCAUUGUUCUGAAUUAAAUUGUUUUAACCAGACUUUAUGAGAAUUUUUUUUUUUCUAAAAAUAAUUCUGUUAAUCGGAAUAAAAAUGGCACACAAACUGCUGUCAUGUCUGCUUGUCCUGAGUCCUGAGCACAAGAACUUUGAAUAGUGUGUGAUGCAUAGACAUUAGCCAUGUUUACAUGCUGACUUUUAUUCAUACCGAUUCAAAUCAUUCCGAAUGGAAAUUUCAGAUCAGCUGUUUACAUGUCACUUCAUCUAUUCCGAUCCAGCGUUUACAUGUGUCUGCCUUUAUUCCGAAAGGACGUUUGACAACUGCCGUCUGACAUGCGCAGAUUAAUUAAAACAAAGCAUCACGUUGCAAAACAUGGAGAUCGAUCGUCAGAUCAGCUGCGAUUUUAACUUUUCGAGUGGAAACAAAACUUCAGAAUGACACGCCGUUCAUUUAAAAAAUUGUGUGGGCUGGUGGAGGGAUUCAUGGAUAUAAACUUUCCGCCGGACUCCAAUUAGGUGCGCUGUGCGUGUGCUUGGAAGCCAUGUUGCAAGUGACGUUACUUACGUCGCCAAGUGACGUCACCACGUCAGUACGGAGCAUGUGCAGAAAGAACGCAACCAGACACCAUUCCGCUUCCCUGUUUACAUGGUAUAAUUUUACUUCUAAUCGGUUUGGGAAAAGGAAUAUUCCACCCCUGUGAAACGGAAUGAAAUUCCAUUCGUUUUGGGCCUGUUCAUUCCGAAUGAGGUGUUUAUAUGGAACACAUUUAUUCGGUUUGAACAUCUAAACCGAUUGCAAUUGGAAUAUUUGGCUCCAUGUAAACGUGGCAAAUGAUACUCAGUCUAUGAUUAUAACAUUUUGAAACAUGAUUAAGACUUUAAACUUUAUCUUUUUUACAAAUAAAUGACCAAUGGGGAUUUUAUGCAAUUACAUUUGCUAUGCUCAUACCUCUCAAGUUGUACGGUUUCGGCGUAAUUUGUACAAGUGAGCACUGAUUUUAAAAAGUGUACGCCGUACAUUCAAAAUCUACGUUUUUCGUGCAUUGCGUUUUUUUUUCUCCGUUUCGGCAACGAGACAAUGUGCGUUACGAUGCGUUACUACGUUGGUUGAAUGAUGCGAGAAAAGUCAGACACUGAGAGAGAAGAGUUGUGACGCUGUAGCAAACGCGAUGCUAGAGUAGGUGGCUCCAAUAUUUCCUGACUGUAGCGGACAGCCGACAAUCUACUCCUAGAUAUCAAAUGCUUGUAGAACUACAUGCAAAAUGACAGACGGCGGCGUUAAUAAACAGCCGCCAUUUUGAAGCAGUAGACUUCUCAGAAACGCUCUGUUGUAGUGAACUUUCCUAGCGAAUUUAAGUAACUUUUUAUCUAAAAUGCUCCUAAAUCGGCAAAAUCUUGACUGGAAUCUAUCUUUAAAUGAUGAAACGGAUUUAGAACUUAAACAUGUCGAAAGUAGACAGGAGGGAACUAAUGCAAAAACGGGAGCAAUUUUAACAACUUUAACAGUUGUUUCACAACAUUAAAUGACUUCUAAAUAUAGCAAAGGUUACUAUAUAUAUAUAUACAUAUAUAUAUAUAUGUUUUCUUUAAUUGAAAAAAAAAAAACAUGAAAGGUAACACCAGUUACUUUGCCAAGUAACUAAUUACUCUUACCUUCAGGUAACUGAGUUACUAACUCAGUUUUUGGGAGAAGUAGUUUGUAACUAAUUUUCAAAGUAAGAUUAACAACACUGGUCAUAAAGAUGAAGUCUGCAGAAUGAAAAGUGACGAAAGCAGAGAUUUAAUUCUGCUAAUUUGUUGCCGAACACAAUUUGCCCGCAACUAUUGCUGAUCACGUCUCAGAAUUAGCAAAACAAAUGUUCCCUAACCCCAAGAUUGCAUCGGUAAGUUAAUUUUAUCAAUUGACCUUUUUAAUUUAUAAUUGGACACACUAACGAACUACCUUCAAGUUGAACUGAAUCGCGAGCUGAAGUGCAGCCAUCAAGACAUGCUAGAAAUUACCAAAAGUGCUACAUGCAGGUAUGACAAAAGUCACUGUUAAAUUUUAGUAAUCAUAUCAUGAUAUAGCUGAAGAUAUUGAUUGUUCUUUGAUUGCACCGGGUUAUAUGUUACAAUAUUACCAAUAUUUUUUUUUUUUUUUUUUAAUUUGUUUUAUUUUUGUUUCAUAUUGCACGCUAUAUAUAACGUUGUAAGAUUAGUCACCAAUUUGUAAGGGCAUACGUCACUAUUUGUAAGAUUGCCAACUGCCUCGGGUUGACAGGUAUGUAUGCUAUGCAUUCACAACAGCAGAGGGCAGCAGGGUCUCUGCUUCCUGCACUUGUAAUACAAAUGAAUAUCAGUGACCACUGUGGUCUGUUCUGGUGUUAAUUUGCAGAUGAAGCCAUUGAAGAUGGUCACCUUGGGAGAGUGAGCCAUCAGAUCUUGGGGACUUGAUCAUGAGGGACAUUAUUGCUCAAUUAUGUGCCUAUUAAUUGUUUCUUACGUGUAUACUUAACCUGGAAAUUACCCCUUAUUUAAUGUGUCUAAUUAUGUCUUGUAGACAGAUGGUUCAGGUUUUGGAAGAUCUAUCAGUUUUUACGAAGAAUAACAAGAGAAUUAGAUGUGACCUGAUCCUUUACAUUAAGGUGGCCAACAAUUUGGGAAAAAAUGCAGUUUUAUGUCUGCCAGCUGUUUUAAACUCAUUUUUGGAUACAGAAUACCAAUUGAUCGCAGUUGUUUUUCCUCCACAUCUUAUUACUAGGGCUAUCAAACGAUUAAAAUUUAUAAUCGAGUUAAUCACAGCUUAUAGAUUAAUUAAUCGUAAAUCGCAAUUCUAACCAUCUAUAAGAUAUGCCAUAUUUUUCUGUAAAUUGUUGGAAUGGAAAGA